AUGACAGAAAGGGAGGACAGGACAGGACAAACAGGACAGAAGGGACAGGACAGGUCAGGACUGACAGGAGAACAGGACAGAAAGGGAGGACAGGGCAGGACAGACAGGGAUGACAGGUCAGAAAGGGACCACAGGACAGACAGGGGUGACAGGACAGACAGGGAGGACAGGACAGAGAAGACAGGAUAUGACAGACAGGGAGGACAGGACAAGUCAGAACAGACAGGGCACACAGGUUGGACAGGACAGGACAGACAGGGAGAACAGGACAGGACAUACAGGAGGACAAGACAGGACAGACAGAGGGGACAAGACAGGUCAGUACUGACAGGGGGACAGUACAGACAGGGGGGACAAGACAGGACAGACAGGGGGGACAAGACAGGACGGACAGGGAGGACAGGACAGACAGGGGGGACAAGACAGGACAGACAGGGAGGACAGGACAGACAGGGGGACAGAAUAGACAGGGAGAACAGGAUGGGACAGACACAGAGGACAGGACAGACAGGGGGAGGGCAGGUCAGGACAGACAGAGGACAGGACAGACAGGGAGCACAGGACAGAGAAGACAGGACAGGACAAACAGGGAGGACAGGACAGAGAAGACAGGACAUGCCAGACAGGGAGGACAGACAGGGGUACAGGACAGACAGGGGGGACAGGACAGACAGGGAGCACAUGACAUACAGGGAGCACAGGACAGACAGGGAGCACAGGACAGGACAGACAGGACAGGAGACAGGGGGGGAGAAGACAGGUCAGGACUGA